CUGUUCUGCCUCCAGAGCAGAAGCAUCCAUCCAGCUGCAGGACUGGACGCGCAGCUCAUCUCUUAUCAUGCUAUUAUUGUUCAUGAUCGCGGUGGUCGUAGCAGCGACGAUACUGGUGAUUUUAUUCGCUCCAAAUAUCCGACGGUAUGCAGCUGGGGGACAGUGCAAGUCCACAACUCGCCUGGAUGGGAAGACGGUGCUCAUCACCGGAGCCAACACCGGCAUCGGGAAGGAGACCGCGCUGGACCUAGCGAUACGAGGUGCCCGGGUAGUAAUGGCCUGCCGAGACGUAGAAAAAGGCGAGGAGGCGGCGGCCAGUAUCCGGGCGGCGUACCACAAGGCCAGAGUGGAAGUCCGGGAACUUGAUCUAGCGGACACUUGCUCCAUACGAUCGUUCGCUCAGAGAUUCCUGAGAGAGUUCACAGAGCUCCAUAUCCUCAUCAACAACGCCGGCGUGAUGAUGUGCCCGUACACCAAAACCACCGAUGGGUUUGAGAUGCACAUAGGAGUCAACCACUUAGGUCACUUUUUGUUGACGUCCCUUCUGAUCGGGCUACUGGAGCGCAGCGCCCCCGCCAGGAUCGUGGUGGUGUCCUCGCUCGCUCACAACUUCGGCUGGAUCCGCUUCCAUGACCUCCACAGCCAGGGCAGCUACAACAGCGGGCUGGCGUACUGCCAGAGCAAGCUAGCCAACGUGCUGUUCGCCAGAGAGCUGGCUCGACGGCUCAAAGGCACCAACGUGACGGUGAACUCGCUCCAUCCUGGCACAGUCAACUCUGACCUGACCAGACAUUCGACCCUCAUGGCCAUCCUCUUCGCCGUCUUCUCCAUGUUCCUAAAAACUCCCAGGGAAGGAGCACAGACGAGUAUCUACUGCGCUGUGGCGGAGGAGCUGCACUCCAUCUCUGGGAAACACUUCAGCGACUGCACCCCCGCCUUCGUGGCCCCUCAGGGCCGGAGCGAGGAAACAGCGAGGCGACUGUGGGACGUCAGCUGCGAGCUGCUCGGCAUCGAGUGGGACUGAAUCCCUUUUUAAGCUUCGAAUCACUUCAUCCUUCUCUUGGUUCUCGUUUCAUUUAACCGAAGUUGAUCCCCGCCGUUCGAGAGCCUCGGACGGUCCGUUUUAAGAAAUGUGAAGCCGCUCAUCGAUGAGUCAAGUAUAGCUAGUAGUUGAGUAUUUUGGUGCUCAAUGAAAACCUCUUAUCUGUAUGAUGUAAUCACAAAUUGUUUCUAGCUUUAUAUUUUUGUGACACAAUGUGAAACCAGUGUAGGCAAAAAAUAUGGACUGGAUGUAUCGUCUGCUGUAGGAAACUGUGAAGGUCAAUUCAGGGUAAAUGACCAGCAUCAUUCUUAUCGCCAUUUCUCUCAUACUCGGAACAUAUAAUGCAGGUUCUAUAGAUAUUGCCUUUAAAAACGGUGUUUCCAGGUCGACAGAAGAUCAACGAGUCACCUUUUUUUGUGAUAAUUGUAAUAAAGCUUCUGACAGUUUUCUACUUCAAGUCCUCAGUCUACCUGCCUCGCCGCAUCAUCACUCGCGCCGUCAGCAUUUCAGGAGGGAAGUUGCCAAGUGUUUUCUAUGAGUGCAAAAUGCCUUUACUACACAAAACGUCCGUGUUAGGAGUUGAAUGUUUACAUUUGAUGUA